UUCCGCGCUGAGGUUGUUAAGGUCGGGCCAUGGUGGGGCAGAGGUUGGGAAGAUGGCGUGGCGAGGCUGGACGCGGAGAGGCUGGGGCUGCGGCCAGGCGUGGACUCCGCUGCUGGGCGGCCGUAGCUGCGAGGAGCUCCCUGCGGUCCUGGCCCCGCCGCGGCUGCUCAGACGCAGGUUUAACCUUUUUAUUCAACAAAAAUGUGGAUUCAGAAAAGCACCCAGGAAGGUUGAACCUCGAAGAUCAGACACGGGGAUAAGUGGUGAAGCCUACAAGAGAAGUUCUUUGAUUCCUCCUGUACAAGAAACAGUCUUCUAUCCUUCUCCCUAUCCUUUUAGGACUCUUAUAAAGCCUUUCGUUUUCACUAUUGGGUUUACAGGCUGUGCAUUUGGAUCAGCUGCUAUUUGGCAAUAUGAAUCACUAAAAUCCAGGGUCCAGGGCUAUUUUGAUGGUUUAAAAGCUGAUUGGUUGGAUAACAUAAGACCACAAAAGGAAGGAGACUUCAGAAAGGAGAUUAACAAGUGGUGGAAUAACCUAAGUGAUGGCCAGCGGACUGUGACAGGUAUCAUAGCUGCAAAUGUCAUUGUGUUCUGCUUGUGGCGAGUCCCUUCUCUGCAGCAGACAAUGAUCAGAUAUUUCACUUCCAAUCCAGCCUCCAGGGUCCUUUGUUCUCCAAUGUUGCUGUCAACAUUCAGUCAUUUCUCCUUGUUUCACAUGGCAGCAAAUAUGUAUGUUUUGUGGAGCUUCUCUUCCAGCAUAGUCAACAUUCUCGGUCAGGAACAGUUCAUGGCAGUGUACCUCUCAGCAGGUGUUAUAUCUAAUUUUGUCAGUUAUGUUUGUAAAGUUGCCACAGGAAGAUACGGGCCAUCACUUGGUGCAUCGGGUGCGAUCAUGACUGUGCUGGCCGCUGUCUGCACCAAGAUCCCAGAAGGGAGACUGGCCAUCAUCUUCCUGCCCAUGUUCACGUUUACGGCGGGGAAUGCCCUCAAAGCCAUCAUUGCCAUGGAUACUGCUGGCAUGGUCCUGGGAUGGAGGUUUUUCGAUCAUGCAGCACAUCUUGGGGGAGCUCUCUUUGGAAUAUGGUACAUUACGUAUGGUCAUGAACUCAUUUGGAAGAACAGGGAGCCUCUGGUGAAAAUUUGGCAUAAAAUGAGGACUAAGGACCCCAGAAAAGGAGGUGGCUCUAAGUGAAAACAAGAUUGGAAGAAACUGAUCCAGUCAGUGCUGCCUGAAAGACCCAG